AUGCAACUAGAAGAUUAUAGUUACCCGUUCUGCAAACAACAACCAGAGACAGACAUGCACAUCCUUCUACAAUGCAAUCUAGCAAAAUCCAUUUGGUUUGCCCUUCUACCAGAAGCAAUGCACUCCCAACAAAAAUUUAACUCUCUGCAAAAGUGGGUGAAAUCUUGGAACCAUGCUCAGAGCAUCAUCUCCUUCAAAAAUGAGAACAAUAUCCUUUUAGCCACUGUCAUUAUGUGGCAGAUUUGGAAAUCCAGAUGCAUAACAGUUUUUGAGGAAAAACUUUCACAUCCUAACAACAUCAUAAUAAGCAUUAAGCAAUUCUGCAUGAAAUACAACAUACUAGGCAGUGAGACUAAUCCUAUAGGUAGAAACAAUAAUAGUAAACCUAAGGAUAAGUGGAAAAAACCACCUAAAAAUUGGUGGAAAUUAAAUUUUGAUGCUGCUUUUGAUAAGGAUACAAAUACAUGUGGUAUUGGACUAAUUUUAAGAGACUGUGCAGGAAGAUUUGUGGAGGCCAUGGUGAAAGUCACUAAAGCUAGAGAUGUAGAGCAGGGAGAAGGUUUAGCUCUGCUAGAAGCAGUGGAAUGGGUUAGAAGUAGAAAUUGGAAGAAUGUUAUCAUUGAAGGAGAUUGUAAGACUGUUAUUGAAGUUGUGACUUCAAAUUUUGGUAAUUCCUCUUGGCAGGAUCACAACCUCCUUUCAGAUAUUAGUAGAUUAGUUGAAGCUUGUAGUAAUAUCAUUUGUACUUUUUUUCCUAGGACAGGCAAUGAAGCGGCUAAUGGGUUAGCCAAAUAUGCCAAAAGAUAUGAAUGUAAUCAAGUGUGGUCUGUUAAUCCACCAAGAUGUAUCCACUCAAUUCUUGAGUUGGACAACUCUAUGUAA